GCUGGAUGUUCCCUCUCACCCUUCUCUCCUGGCCUCUCCUUAGGCUGGGAAUCUGUUCUACGUUCUCUUUUCGUUCUGUCUUGGCUGUUCCUUGAGCCAACUUCAAGCACCUCGCCAUGAAUCUCUCACUUGUCGAUCCCUUCGUCCUGGCUCAGGACUACCCAGACACAUUAUCGGAGAAGCUGAGGAGUGGGCACGCGACAUGUCUGCGCUUCAAUCGCAAGGGAGAUUAUCUGGCGUCUGGACGGGUAGAUGGCACUGUUGUCAUAUUUGAUGUUGAGACAAAUGGCGUUGCGCGCAAGCUGAAAGGUCACAUUCGGCAAAUUCAAUCUCUGAGCUGGUCUAGAGACGGUCGCUAUCUUCUGAGCUCUUCACAAGACUGGAAGUGUAUUCUAUGGGACCUGAAAGAUGGUUCGCGGGUGCGCACAGUCCGUUUUGAAGCUCCUGUGUAUAUUGCAGAGCUGCAUCCUUACAACCAUUUGUUAUUCGUUGCCUCACUCUUCGAAGACCAGCCGGUUCUUGUCGACAUUUCCUCCCCGAAACCCGUAAAGCGCAUCCUCCCCUCCGCACCCUUUCGCGCCGCGCCCUCCAAAGACGAAGAAAUUGACCCCGCUGUCGCAGCCAAGCAAGCCGCCCAGGAUGCAAAGCACUCAACCUGCGUAACCAUCUUCACCGCGCUCGGCAACCACAUAAUAGCCGGCACCUCAAAAGGCUGGAUCAACAUCAUCGAAACCCAAACCUGCACCACAAUACAUUCCACAAAACUAUGCGCCGGUGUGAUCAUCCUCCUCCGCCUCGCCAGCAAUGGCCGUGACCUCCUAGUCAACAGCUCCGACCGCGUCAUCCGCACAAUCCUCAUGCCGGACCUCUCCCAACUCGGCAUCGACCUUGAACCAACCAACAUCAAACUCCAAGUAGAGCACAAAUUUCAAGACGUCGUCAACCGCCUCAGCUGGAACCAUGUCGCCUUCUCAUCUACCGGCGAAUUUGUCACCGCAUCCACAUUCAUGAACCCAGAUAUCUACGUCUGGGAACGCAGCCACGGCUCACUCGUUAAAAUUCUUGAAGGCCCCCGUGAAGAACUUGGCGUUGUAGAAUGGCAUCCAACCCGCCCAUUCGUCGUCGCAUGCGGCCUUGAGUCCGGCUGUAUCUACACCUGGUCCAUUGUCACGCCUCAGAAAUGGUCGGCACUCGCCCCGGAUUUCGGCGAGGUCGAAGAAAAUGUUAUUUACGUCGAGCGCGAGGACGAGUUUGAUAUUCACCCGGCAGAAGAGAUCCACCAGCGCCGUCUUGACGCUGAAGAUGAGGAGCCAGAUGUCCUAACCAUUGAGCCCUCUAAAAGCGGCGACGAUAUUGAGUCCUUCCGUAUGCCUGUCCUGUUGGAUAUAUCUGAUAGCGAGAGCGAGGAGGAUAUCGUUGCGGUUGGGCCAGGGACUAUGCGGCGCCGGAGUCCUGGCACCGGAAGGGACAAGUCCAAUGCGAAUGGUGAUGGUGAGAAGGAUGGGCGGAAUGGGACGACCGGUCGAGGAGCGAAGGGUAGACGACGAUGA